AUGGCAGCUGCAGCAUUGCAAAUGCCUUCUUUGCCCCGAGAUAUUCAUUCAGCCGCCUUCAUGCCCAUGCCGCACACUCGAAACUUCCCCAAGCUCCAGCAACCAAAACCAAAGCUGGCAAUCCCCCCAGCCACUACUAUGAAGAGACCCAUUGAAGCGAAGACUAGCAGUGCUGAAGUUGUCAGCAAGACCGCUGCUUCUCAUGCUUUACCGAUGACUCCUAAGAGGAGGAGAAAAUCGGUGUCUGAAUCUAUUGGUAGCGCCACAGAAGUCCCCACAAAGAGGAGACGGACUAUCAAAGACUCCAAACCCGCACAGUCCCCGGAAAAAUCUGGGGAGGAACAGGAGGGACCCACCAGGGAGUCCUACCCGGACCCCCGGUGGAUGAAUGAACCCCGCAAAUACCUCAAUCUGCGUGACCACAGAUACAAAUACAUUUCGAAGAUUACGAACAAACUGCUCGAUGAUGAGGGCUGGAAACAACCAGCGAAGGAGUACCAGGAGAUGCAACAAAAGAAGACUGGAACAUGGAUGUCGUUGAACCAACACUUGUAUCCAAAGAAUAAGGAUUGCAUUCCACCCUCGGUGAAUCCUUUGGAACUUGUUCUGGACCUUAUCUUGAAACAUGGUGCUGCCACCCCGGAGGACAGGAACCAGGAACCAAGUAUCUCUGGCUGCUUCUUGAGGCUUGUCAACAAUCUUGUCGCCAAUGAGUCCCUCGCCAAAAUCAUCGAGAUUGAGACAGCAGACACUCUAGCUUCGCGGGAAAGGACCGGACUCGACGAAGCUGCCGCUCAGCCGGCGUCACCUGUGGUUUCUGCUACCUUUGGUAACCAGGAAGAGCUCAAGUCGCCAAACGAACCAGCCUCGCCUGCUCUCUCUGGAUUGGAUGACAAAACCGGACCACAGCCACAAUCGCCAAUGACAUCUCCAAAUACUUCAAGGACUUUCCACAAGGAUCAGAAGGUUCGUGCUUCACCCUCUAUUUCUACUACAACACCCCUCUCUGGCUCUGGAUCUUCUCAGCAAUAUGGACCCCUCCCUCUCAUACCCGCUGGGUUUUCUGGAUCCGCAACAGCAGCUGCGCAAUCAAUGUAUGGCUUUACCACUGGAUUCCCCGGACCACUCCCCGCUUAUGGACCCACUACUGGACUAGGACUCACCAAUCAGAACUUUGUCGACGCAUCUACCUCGCCAAUACUGGCUAAUUCACCACAUAGCGCUACAGGACUGCCAUUCUAUGGCCCCCACCCCCGGUAUGUUCCCAGGACCCAAUCGCCACUAGCCUAUGCUCAACACUCCAGGAUGAUCGGUCCGCAACCUGCACCUGCUACCACAUCAUUCAUGCAACAACCGUGGACUAUGAACGCCCAAAGCGCCUUCUCAAGCCAGGACCCUGGAACUUCAAUCGAAACUGAAUCGCUGGUUCAGUCUCUUGGGCACUCGCAGCCUGAGUCCGUUACUUCGGAGUAUAGUACGCCAAAGGAACAAGUUACUGGAUUCAACUUCUACUCUGCUGCGGCUGUGGCUCAGGCACAGGCUCAUGGACUGGAUAUCGGAUCGAUGAACAGUAUGAUCUUGGACGAAGCUAGGUUCGAUGCUUGGCUUAACUUCCCCUGGACUACGGAUUGA